AUGGCUCCAGAAGACCCCAGGGAUGCAACGGCGUGGGGAGUUUUGGGCCAGUAUCCCUACAUGUCACCCGAGACCAAGCCGGAGCGAGCAUGGAUGACACCCCUGAGAUCAAUAGAUCGGGGUGCCCUGGGUCUCGCGGGCCAGUGGGCGGGCCAAACACCUGCAGAAGCCUCCGCACGCGAGAGGUUGCAGGAGUCCACUGGAAGCCAAGCCUUCGACCUUGAAGCUGCGUUGUCCUUGGAGCCUCCCCGCCGCGCGAGUCGCGGCAAAGUUCUUGGGAGCCCUGUGGUGCUGCGGCCGGAGCCAAAGACCUGGCGGAUGUACCACGCAGAUGCUGUGAAGAGGGCUUACCCCACGGCCCUGCGCACAUCCGUGGGCAGCCCAGAGGAACUGAGAGAAUUGCUGCUGGCGGAGAAGAAGACUCGCGAGAUGUUUGGAGCGAAGCCGGUUGCACAUCCGAUUCCCCACAGCACUAUUGAGGCCUGGGUUGACGAGGCGGACGAGGCCACCCGGGCGAAGCUGCGGAAGACCAAGGAUAUCGAGAAGAUGACCAAAGAGCAACUGAUUGACAAUAUAGCGGCAAUCUCUGGCAUGAGUCCAGAAGAUAUCGAGGAGAAUCCAAAGCUGAACCUCAGCCGCUUGCGUCACAUCCAGCAGACCGCUGUGGGCUUUGCGACUGGCAAGGCCUCCGUGCCGCUGACAGAUGAGGAAUACACGGAGAAAAUCCUGGCCAUGACAGAUGAUGAGUUGCAGGAGGCCUUCCUUAGCCUCAAGUCAUCCAUCAAUGACAGCAUCAUGGGUUCCGACUUGAGCCAACAAGUUGAAAGCAAGUUGAUGCAGGAGCGUGACGAAGACGGCCGCUGGGAUGGCAGUGCCGCGGAUGAGCUUCGCUUGGCGCUGGACAUUUGCGAGGCGCUGCAGGACAUGGGCUUCACCCGCUCCACCGCGGAUCAGCGUGCCUUGCUCAGCGCAGCCCAUGCACUGGGCGAUGCCGCGCUGGCUGCGGAGGUCCUGUCGAUGCAGGAUCUCCCAGACGUGGCGGGACACGCUUCCGCUUCGUCUUCGCUGGGCCAAGCGCAAGAGUCGCUGCGGAGGGCCAUGGUGCUGGGAGGUUGGGACUCAGAAACGACCAAAGACUUCUUGCAAGGAAAGAGGUUGAUUCCCUUGCGGGACGGCCACAGUGAGCUUGGAAAGUUGCAAACCAAAUAUCUGGAUCCUUUGCAGGGCCUUGCCUCUGCCACCGGCGCAUCACCCGACGAUCUGCUGGCGAAGUUGACAAAGCCUUUCAGUGGACGGCUGAAGCCAUUUACCGCUCGCAAGCUGCAAAGUGGCGCCGAUGCCCAGAGCCGCGAAGACAGGAUGAGCAUCAUCAAGGAGGACGAGAAUUCUGCCCUCAGCAGCGUGCAAUGGGAGAUGAAGGUGCCGGACCCAGAAGACCCAACAAGCAAGGUCACGGAACUCGUGCAAGUAACGCGCAGCGAUGUUCUCAAGGCUCAACUGCUCCACCCUAGCAUCUGCGAUCUCCUGCUUCGUCUCAGCAGCUCCCCUCAACUCUCAAAGUCCGCGCGGUCGUCGACGGCGGAGGUGGGGAAGAUGCUCAUGGAGAUCGGCCUGCCGGUGCCGGCGCGUCAGGACAAGAAGCAGGAGUUGCUUUCCUUUGUGGUCAGCGUCCUUCGCAGCUCUCAGAAGACUGCGAUGAUGCUAUGA